GAUGCGAAGGACGCACCUCCUUUGCACCGUGAUUCUCGGGAGCAUCCUGACCAUCGCUGCCUUGCACUGGCACCUCGCCCGCAUGGAGCUCCAGAGGGUGCCCUCCCCCUGCGCCUGUUGCACCACCUUCCCGCCCCCGGCGCUGGAAAACGCCACCGCCCUGAGCGACGGCACCUUCACCUACCGCCUCGACCCGGGCAUCUACGACGACCUCUUCCCCGACCUGCAGCGAUAUCAGUGCCGGGAGCUCACCUGCGAGCAGAGCUGGUGCCGGGAGGCCUCUGCCGCCCCCCUGCUUCUCCUGGCCAUCAAGUCCCACCCGGGGUCCAGCGCGAGGAGGGCCACCCUGCGGCGCACCUGGGCGCGGCCGCGGGAGAUGGGCGGCUUCCGGCUCCAGCAUAUGUUCCUGAUGGCCGUGUCACCCAACCAGAAGCAGAUGAACCUGGCGGUGGAGGAGAUCGACGAGUUCGGGGACAUCCUGAUGUGGGAUUUCACCGAGUCGCACCAUAACCUGUCCCUCAAGGAGCGCUGCUUCCUGCAGUGGGUGCACAGCAGCUGCCCGGGUGUGGCCUACAUCUUCAAAGGGGACGAUGACCUCUUUGUGAACCUGCCGGCGCUGACUGAGUACCUGGCUCAGACCCCCAACGCCUCCCGCCUCAUCCAUGGGAACAUCCAGUACCACUCGGCCGUGAUGAGGACGGGGAAGUACGGCGUGUCCACUGCCCUCUACCCACAGCGAUACUACCCCAACUUUGCCUCCGGAGGGGGCUUCGUGCUUCCAGGCCCCCUGAUCCCCGCCCUGCAGCAGGCGUCCCUGGAACUCCCCGUUUUCCCCCUCGACGACGUCUACAUGGCGUUCCUAACUCUGGCUGCCGGGGUCCCCCACCGCCACGACAAGCGCUUCAAAGUGUGGGGCAUCCCCAAGGACGACAUUGCGUUGUACCGGGAGUCCCUGACGGUGCACGGGAUCUCCAUGGAAAGGAUGGAGGAGGUGUGGCAGGAGCUCUUCGUCAGCUGAGUGGCGCCGGCCGGUCCGUGCCUGAGC